CAGUCAAGCUACGCCAGCACCAUGGUCAAGGUAGAAAUCGUCGACGAAAAGGAGGAACAAACUUCGGUCUACGCUUCGACGUCGUCGUCGCGCACAGGCUCUUCAGAGUCCCUCGACUCCACAAUCUCAGAGCCAGAGGCAGAGUCGUUCUACGACAGAAUCGUCGCACUCGUCGACAUUGUACCACCAACGACGCGCUACUCCAUUCGCUCGCGCGUAUCAAAGACCUGCUCCACUCUCAAAAAAGCAGGCAAAGUCGCGGGCAACGUCGUGUGGAUCGUCACCACCUCCGCCCUCCUCGUCGGCCUCCCACUCGCGCUUAGCCUCGAAGACGAGGCAAAAAUCGUCGCACAGGAGAAGGAAAUGCUUGCUCAGCAGGCUGGUGCGCAGCAGAUGAUGGCAGGCUACCCCGCUGUCCCGGGCACCAAUCCCAACGAACAACAAAAGGGCGUCGUCCCACCCGGUUUCUAGUUUUACCAUUUUACCACUACCUUAGCACCGCCGUAAUUUACAUCAUGCAUCAUCACCCAGUCGCCCAGGCCUCCUGUCUUGGCUUGCUUUGCUCGCAUCAUCCAUGCUGUCAACAGACCGCGACAACGCAAUCGGAACCUUUCGCGCCGACGGCAGCACAUCCCCCAUUGGCCUAUGUCUUCCCCACGCACUGUAUCUUAUGUAGCACACGAAAUCCCAGCUCUGCACCCGAACGCCUUCUCGCUCUGCC